AUGGCCGACAGUCAGACAGCCACAGCUCCUAGAGCCGAAGAGAGCUCUGCGACUGCCGUCAGCCCUGUAUCUGUUGACGAUCCCGGAUCUACAAAUAACCCAGGUUCUGGCGUGGCAACUGGUCACGGUCCAAUCCUGGAGGCGGAGGUAGCGAACGACGAUUUCAGCGACGAUGCUGCCUCAGACAGAGCAACGAGUGUGGCGUCUUCAAGCACAAGCUUGUCAAGCUCGAUCCUUCAGCAUCGCCAAGAGAAUGGGAGAACUUACCACAAGUACAAAGAUGGGAAGUAUCUUUUCCCAAACGAUGAGAGAGAAAACGAAAGGCUAGACCUACAGCAUAACCUCUUCCUUUUGACUUUGGAUUACAAGCUGGGCCUUGCUCCUCCAAAUAAUGAAAAUUCGGGUGUCAAGCGCGUUCUUGACAUCGGAACGGGCACUGGGUUGUGGGCUAUUGAAUUCGCCGAUGAGCAUCCCGAAGCCGAGGUUCUAGGUGUCGAUCUGUCUCCAGUUCAGAUUCAGUUUGUCCCGCCGAAUCUCAAGUUUGAAGUCGACGACAUUGAGCAGCCUUGGACAUACAGCCAGCCUUUUGAUUAUAUCCAUAUUCGUGGCAUGACUUCAAGCAUCACGGACUGGCACGGCUUCUUCAAACAAGCAUAUGAUGGUCUUACGCCUGGCGGCUACAUCGAGUUAUUCGAAAGCCAUGCACGCACCCAAUCUGACGAUGGAUCUUUGACGCCAGAUCACGCUUUUUGGCAGUGGUCGGAUAAGCUCGAAGAAUGCUUCAAGAUACUCGGACGUCCAUUUGUAAACGUCCCGAGCCUUGUUCCUCUAUUGAAAGAAGCUGGUUUUGCCGACGUGACCAUCGUCCCGUACAAGUGGCCGGUCGGUCCAUGGGCCAAAGAUCCGCAUUAUAAGGAGCUUGGAGAAUGGACUUUCGAAAAUUUCACACAAGGUCUCGAAGGCUUCACUAUAGCAGCACUGACCAGAGCGCUUGACUGGAGCAACGCAGAGGUCCAAACUUUUCUUUCUCAAGUCCGGAAAGAUCUGAAGGACAUGAGUAUACAUCAUUACGUUCCCUUAUGGGUGAUCCAUGCCCAAAAGCCACUGGAGGAAGCCUAG